AUGGAUCCUUGCAAGUCGGACCCCGGAGGGCUCGACCCUGGGAAGGACUUGCCGUUGAUGGCAAACACCUGUGAUAUUAUGGUGAAACAUUUCAUUUUGGAUUUGAUAGUUGACCUUGAUAAGAAAAGUUUUGAUGGCAUCAUUUUGCUGUUCACUGAGCCAAGUAAGAAGAGGAAAGAUGAACUAGAUGAUGUUGCCAUGGCAACUGCAGACAAUAUUGGUGAAAAAAUGCAGAGAAAUACUUGUGAUAAUGUUGGCACUAGUGAAAGUAUAUCUCAGAAGCCUUUUUAUUUUGUUUUAGAUGCUUGUGAUUUAACAAUCACAGCCACAGAGGAAAUUGUUCUCCAUCAUCAAACAAAACAAUGUUGUGAUGGACACAGUGCGACAAAAGAUUCUGCAGUAUCUAGUGAACAAACUUUUGAUCAGAAUAGAUCACAUUUGCUGGAAGAUAUCCUUAGAUACGAUGGUUACAAUUAUAAAGCCAGAAAUGAAAGACUUUGGGAGUGCAAGGAUCUUCCUGGAAAACCGCUGAAUUUUUCAGUAGAACCAUGGUGUGUUAGAUUGUGGAAGAAUGGAAUAUAUAAUGUGAGGGAUUUUCCACCUGUUGUAAGAAUAUUCUAUCAGACACACUCUAAAGGUACAUCGGUCACAUGGGCUCAUGACCAAGAUGAUAAUCUGUGUGUGUUUACCCAGGGAGCCUGGAUUAACAAUCGAGCAUUAUUCCCAUGUCAAGAACCACCAGUUGCCAUGUCAACCUGGCAAGCUAAUAUCAGUACUCCUACAGAAUACAUAGUGUUGAUGAGUGGUGAUGAGGAAGCGGUUACUAAGAUACUUGAUGAUGGUUACACUUCCUAUCGUUACCAUGUCAACGUUGUCUCUCCAUCAUCCACACUGACAAUCGCCAUUGGAAAAUGGACUGGAGUGAGUGUUGUAACCGAGCAACAAUCUUCCUCUGUUAGCGGAGAUCUUAACAGCCAAUCACAGGCUCCUCAGGAUUGCGAACACAGUGACAAGUGGCCGUGCAGAGUGAACCGAUAUGACCAGCCUAUCAUACCUUGUCGUAUCUUUGCUCCCAAGUCAUUGAUACAGAAGACGGUUAACGAGUUUGGUCCAUGGUUGCCAAAAUAUUUACAAGCAUCUUUUGACCUCUUAGGUCCACACCCGUUCUGUAGACUUGAUUUAUUGUUGGUACCAAGAUGCUUUGCAAGUAUGGGGCUAGCAAGUCCAAGUAUAAUAUUUUUAUCAGAAUCUUUAUUAUCUGGUGAUCAGAGCAUGAGUAUACGAUUAGCUCAUGAGAUUAGUCAUUCAUGGUUUGGUUUAAUUAUCGGUGCCAGAGACUGGACUGAAGAAUGGCUCAGUGAAGGUUUUGCUACAUAUAUGGAAGAAUCCAUACAUGCCAAGGCUAAAAAGUGGAGUCCUAAACAACAAAAAGCAUACUGCGAUUUGAGGUCAAUACUUCGAUACCGAUCUCUGGUUGCUGAAUUGGAAAACACGGAAGAAGAACUACAGACAUUGAGGCCAAGUGGAGAAGCUACUGUCGGUAGUGAGAGUCAGGACGGACAGAUACAUUACGUGAAAAAUGGACUGAAUGAAGACAAGUGGUUCAUACAGGUUCAUUAUAUUAAAGGUUAUUUCUUACUUCGUUACCUAGCAAACCUUGUUGGUCAGAGUCAUUUUGAUGGAUUAAUUAAGAAGUAUGUACUACGUUACCACUGUCAGCAAGUCUUAUCUCAGCAGUUAUUUUCACUGUUUUUUGAAGCAUUCCCACAUCUUUGUGACCAAGGAAUCACCAAGGAAACUAUUUACAGUGAUUGGCUUGAUAAUCCUGGCAUGCCAAAGGAUUUGAAUCCUGAUGAAUUUACCCACAGUAAUUGGUUGGUAGAUGAAGUCAAUAUAGAGUGCAAAACAUGGGUAGAAAUAGAAAGAAAAAACAGAUGCAAGAAAAGUCCUAGGAAGAAAAUGAAAAGUUUUGAAGAUCAACAUGAGAAGCUGUGUGCAGACCAGAUUCAGUUACUUCUUGAGAUGAUACUGGAAUGGGAAGCCAUGUCAGUACAAACACUACAACAGCUUGAUAGUGUUUAUGGUGUUAGUCAUGGAAAUGCUGAAAUUAGACAUAGGUGGUGUGAGCUACUAGUCAAACAUAGAUACAGAGCUAGGUAUAGUGAUGUGAAACAAUUCCUUCUACAAGAUCAGGCAAUGGGUGUGUACCUGUAUGGUGAACUAAUCUUGUCAGAAAAACCAACUGAACGAAGACUUGCAGAGGCGUGUUUUAAAACAGUAUCUAGGGAGAUGGACAGAGGAUGCUAUAACACUGUAUUUGAAAUGUUGUAUGGUGCAAAACACAGAAGUUAA